AUGCAUAGAGUUCGAGCCCCUUUCAAAAUCAUAGCUAGACACAACUCGAGUCUAGUGGACUACUACAAGCUGUUUCCAAAAACAUUUCCAAAAGGGUCUCCUCCCAAUUCUCCCUUUUCGGUGGACCUGAAGCAGCUUCGGAAAGAGUUCCGAUUACUCCAAAGCACCAACCAUCCGGACCUCAAUCGGAUUAAGGAUGAGACUGCAGGCGAUUUGUCGUCGCUUCUCAACAACGCAUACACAGUGCUGUCGAGUCCAUUGAAACGGUCGCAGUAUCUGUUGAAGAAAAACGCCAAUAUUGACCUAAACAACGACUCGGUGAAUAAAAAGUUCCAGUUCCAAGAUCAGUCGGUACUGAUGGAAAUACUAAACGUCCAUGAGGAUCUGGAAGAUAUACAGAGCGAGCAGGAACUAGCAAAAUUGGAACACGAAAAUGACGAGAGAAUCGAGAAAAGCAUUGCAAAGCUGGAGGAGCUUUACAAAACAGAAGACUACGAGGCGAUUGCCCUUGAAACGGUGAAAUUGAAGUUUUGGGAAAACAUCAAAAAUGCAUUAAAAGAGUGGGAGUCGGGCAAGCCGGUGAAUCUGACCCACUAG